UUACAGGUGGAGUGCCAUCCUUACCUGGUUCAGACUCAGCUGGUAUCUCAGUGUUGGGGUCGAGGGCUGGCAGUAACAGCCUACAGUCCUCUGGGUUCUCCUGAUCGCCCAUGGGUUACACCUGGAGAAGCCGAUCUGCUGGAUGAUCCACGGGUGGUUGGUUUGGCCACGUGCUAUAACAAGACCCCUGCUCAGGUCAUCAUCAGAUGGCACAUACAGAGAGGUGUCAUUUGCAUCCCCAAAAGCAUCACUCCAUCCAGGAUCAAACAGAACAUUGAGGUGUUUGAUUUUAAAUUAACUGAUGAAGAUAUGAGGGUGAUUGAAUCCUUCAACAGGAAUGAGAGGCUUAUCAUUCCAACUAUAAUGAUAGAUGGACAAAAGGUCUGGAGAGAUGCAAAGCACCCUCAUUUUCCUUUCAGUGAUCCAUAUUGAUAAAGCGCGAUAGAAAAAAAAAAAUGCAAACCUCUUA